AGCUAAUGGCUGAAACACUGCAGAAUCACAGAUUUCAAGACACUUUCCCUUGGUCGUCUUCUGAUUUCCUCUGGGGAAGAAUGCGUGGGCUUUUCUUCGUCCUGGUGAUGUGCACAGCAGGUGCCUCUGCUUUCAGACUCCGGCAAUUCAAAAGCACAGAAAACUGCCCAGAUCACACCGUGUUUUUCAAACACUACUAUGAACUGCAUGGAGAACCUGUGGUUCUGAAAUGCCCUUCCCCCAGAUACAAACAUCUGGAUUUUUCUGCCUUGACCCCUAAUAUCACAUGGUAUAAAAAUGGUUCAAAGCCCAUGAUGUCACGAAGAGAUGAAGAUCCAAGAAUCUGGGCAAAAGGAGAUGCACUCUGGUUUUUACCAGCAAUGCUAGAAGACUCAGGAGUAUAUAUCUGCAUCAGAAGGAACUCCUCCUACUGCACCGCGGUCUCCAUCCACCUCACAGUCGUGGAGAAAACAGCUGUUCGGGAGAUUGCCUAUCUCCAGGUCCUCUUCACUUUCACUGCUGGAAAGAUUGUUUGCCCUGACCUGUGGGAUUUCACACCAAAUAGGACAAGCCUGGAGCUCAAGUGGUACAAGGAUGGUCUGCCUUUGGAAGACGGCAAUGAAAAAUUUGUAAUUCUGAAAGGUUCGACUUCUCUGUUCAUGACUUCUGUGCUACCAACAGACGCUGGCUACUACACCUGCAAGAUGCCAUUGCUGUAUGAAGGCGUAGUGUAUGAAAUCACCAGAACAAUUCAGCUGAAGACUGUUGAACAAGAAAAGAGAAUUACCCCAAUAAUUGUGUAUCCAACACAAAAGACAACAUCAGCUGCUCUCGGCUCCAAGAUGACUCUCCCAUGCAAAGUGUUUGUUGGCCUGAGCAGCCACAUCCAUACCGACGUGGAAUGGCUAGCAAAUGAAACCAUCAUUGACGUGGUUUACAAGCAAAACAGAGUUAGAGAGGGGGAACGACAAGAAAUUGUAGAAAAUGGUGAAAACUUCAUUGAAGUGCCACUGAUUUUUGAUCCUGUCGAAGAAGUAGAUUUUUACACAGAUUUUACGUGUCUGGCCCAGAACAGAUACGGCUACCAAGUACUGCCAACAAGGGUCAAGCAGGAAGCUGUCGGCUUGUCCUGGUACAUUGCAAUGAUUCCCUUUGCAUUGGCCUGUGUGAUCGUGGCGGGGAUAUGCAUACAGAAGUUCUGGAAGUGGAGAGCUGAUAAAGGAUACACAAUAGCAAAGGUUUAAAAUCUGCCUUGUUCUUCAGCUGCCAACGGAACAAAAAUCAUCCUGGCUAUCUUUCACGUGAGACACAGAGAGACAUUUCAGACCAAACCGCUUUCCCAGUGGAUUGAUAUGUCGGCUGUUUUCCUCUUCUCCAAGUCUUCUUUGAUCCAAUUGAGUUACAAAUAUGAGUUUGCAUUUUUAUGCUGCCUAGAUGCAGGAAACCUGCUUCUAUUAUUUCGCAGCUAAGGUGCAAUCUGUAGCAUUUUGGAACACAGAAUACCAGAAAUGUGCCCUGGAUAUGGGAAGGUUAGGGAAAGGGAGGUGCUCUCGCCCUUUUGUAAUGCCGAUAGUCUUUUGUUUUAAAAAAAAAAGUUAAAGAAAAACCCUAUAAUCUAAAAACAGAAGCUAAGAAAGCUUGCUACAGAAGGACUAUUCCACACCAGAGUUAAAAUGAGGUUUUCUUAAGCAUUCAGACUCAUUUUAUUUUACUUCAGUCUAAAAACAGCCACUUUUUCCCCUUUUCCAGAGCCAAAUACUGUUGUCAUGGCAGCUGUAUAUGUAUAAACUUUUCCACAGAAAAUCUAAAUUUUUUCAUCAUUUGGAUUACUCUCGGCUUAAAUGGACUGUCCCAGAAUAUCCCUCCCCCAGAGAUAACUACAUCAGCAUAGAAGACAAUUGUACACUGGAGAAUUCAGUUCUGGUUUAUCUACCAGUAUCUCAUAGAUAGAGAUUCAUAGGCAGCUGUAACAUGUUGUUGUCUUUAUCAAGAAAAGAAUUUGGAGGGGUGUUUUAGUGUUUUGAGAGUCAUUUGACUAAUACAAAGUUUUAUUCCUGGAAGUGAUUGGACAGAUUACCAGUAAUAAUGUACCGUCUUGCCCUUCUGUGCCUCUAACUCUUUCAUGACUGGCCUGAUUCUCCUCACUGAUAUAAAAGUCUGGCAUAGAUUCCCUUAAAAAAUGAGUCUGCACCAGUCUAAAUCUAGUGCAGCUUCAGGAACCUUGUGUUCUUUAGAUGGAAGUAUGCAAAUUCAUUACUCAUGGUGCAAAAUGUUGCCCCUUAGUUUAAUCUAACUGGAUUUCAGUCUUGACAUAAAUCAGAAGGGAGUAAUAAACAAUCAGUGACCAUGUUGUACUCUGAGGAUCAGAAUGAGUAGAAUGACUUGGUUACUUCCUCUUCCAAGAGAUAACACUUAACAAUAGCUGACAAAUAGUUCCAUCAUAUAUAAUGUGUAUUAUCUUCACCUGUAAGGGAGGGGAAGACACCCAGUCUUAAGGUCUAGAUUGAUACAGACCCAUAACUGACCCCUUUCACAGACACUGAAGAUAAAGCUUUUUGUUUGGGUAAAUCAACCCAGAGGUUUUCAAACUCUGUAGGAAAAAAAUAAUGAGGAAAAAGUUUGGCUCCAAAAACCAAAUUGUAAAGUAAGAAUGUUAGAACUGUGUAUGGUCCCACAAACUAGAGCAAUGAAUUACUUGUGUGCACCUGGGCGAGGCCAUUAUCCAACUCCUUUCCACCAUCGUUUAUAGCUGGUUUUGAGUUUAGCCCAAUAAAUAUUUGCAAGGA